AAAAAAAAAAAAAAAAAAGCCAGCAUAUACCAAGACUUAAGCCGAUUACACCCCUCUUGCAGCAUGACAGUGUGGGAUCAGUUGGAAGUUGACAAGGUGCAUGUUGCUUAUGCAAUAAUCGGCGUUUGCACCACCCUCUUUGCUACGUUCUCGCUCUUCCUCAAGGAGAAACUCUUUAUCGGUGAAGCCACCGCUUCCACACUAGCAGGCAUCAUUGUUGGCCCCCAUUCACUCAACUGGUUUUCUCCGACCGGUUGGGGAAAUUUCAACUACAUCACCCAGGAGGUGUCGCGGAUAGUGUUGAUCAUCCAGAUUUUUGCCGUAUCCGUCGAAUUGCCCAAAAAGUACAUGAAGAAGCACUGCCUCUCUGUCAUGCUCUGCUUAUUCUUUGGCAUGACGUUCGGGUGGUUGAUCAUGGCACUUUUUAUCUGGGUGCUCUUUGCCCGCUUGAACUUUGCCGAUGCUUUGCUCAUCAGUGGCUGUAUCACUGCCACCGAUCCCGUUUUGGCCGCUGCCAUUGUCGGAAAGGGGAAAUUUGGCCAGAGAGUUCCAGCACACUUGAGAAACUUGCUCUCGGCUGAAUCUGGGGCUAACGACGGGAUGGCCUUUCCGUUUGUGCUUCUCGCGUCCCAGUUGGUGUUGCGCUACGGCCACACGGGAGAGAUUAUCAAAAACUGGUUCUGCGUGGCUGUAUUGUACGAGUGUGUGUUCGGGGUCAUCCUCGGGGUACUUAUUGGAUAUGGAGGAAGACAGUUGAUCAAGUUCUGCGAAAAGAAGAACUUGAUUGACCGAGAGUCGUUCCUCGUGUUCUACAUCUUGUUGUCGCUUAUGUGCACCGGCUUUGGCUCCAUAUUGGGCGUCGAUGACUUGUUAGUGGCCUUUGCUGCGGGUGCUGCCUUUGCGUGGGACGGGUGGUUCGCACGCAAGACGGAGGAGUCGAAUUUGUCCAACAUUGUGGACCUUUUGCUCAAUAUGGGCUACUUUAUGUACUUCGGGGCCUCCAUUCCCUGGACAGACUUCAACAACGCCGAGCUUGGGCUCGAGUGCUGGAGAUUGGUGUUGCUUGGUCUUGUGGCGAUCUUUCUAAAGCGGAUUCCUAUAUUUUUGGCUAUCAAGCCGAUUACACCCGACUUGCGCAGCUGGAAGGAGGCCUUUUUCUGCGGCCAUUUCGGUCCCAUCGGUGUGGGCGGUCUCUUUUGCUCGAUGAUUGCUUUAUCAGCCUUGGAAAAGCCAUACACCUCCGAGGAGACCCCGACCGCUGAGAUUCCCGACAACCCCCAUGCCUACCUAAUGAGGGUGAUCUGGCCGGUAGUGACCUUCUUGGUUGUGUGCUCCGUGAUAGUCCACGGUUCGUCAGUGACGGUGAUGACCCUCAAGGACAAUGUCAAGCACAUGAGGUUUGCCGUCAAAAACCCGCAGCUGGAAUCUCCAAGCGGCACCACCACCCCAACGGUUACGGCCAGCGGUGUUGAGAGAGUUAACCGACAACAGCGCUCGAGCAGGAACGAUCCCUUCAGGGCCCUGCAGCUAAUUCCAGUGGGUGAGGCGGUAAAGCUUUUGUACGACGAUGAAGGUCACAUCCGCAGACCGGAGAACAUCUAUGUCCAGGGCAAUUCCGUGGUAGUAGAGGACCGAAACGGUGAGGUUAUUGACGAGUUCUACAUCCAGGAAGAAGCAGCGCCUACGAUUUUAAAUACGUUGAGACGGCUCCUCCACAUUGAAGACAGCGCUCCCCACCACGAUGUGAAUGUGGAUGAGCGGAACAACCGUCUGAAGUGGAUCAAUAUUGACAAGCAGGUCUUGACCGCCUAUAAGGUAGGAAAUGAGAUCAUUGUGGAGAAUGACAAUGAGGAAAUCAUAAGACGAUAUGUGGUUACUCCACGUUGGCCAGAAAGUGAAACUGAACUCCAGGACUUGGAGCUGAACCAGCUUGACGAGGAUAUCUAUCCGGCGGCGGAUCCGGUAAACAACCAGCAUGCUAGUGAAUACGACGAGCAGGAAAUUAGACACCAUUUGAAAGGGCCGCAAGACUGGUCUAGAUAACGCCAACAUGUGAUUUCUCAGUAAUGACUUCACUGGUGAUUUACUUUGGAGAUUUUAUUCCCCCCAGCACAGAUGUUUUUAUUUAGAAUUCUAUGGAUAUAACCCACUUGCAAGAUAGAUCUGGAUAAUAAAUACUAGCUCAUAAAUUUCUAUCGCUUUUUAUCCCAUCUAUAUCACUUAUAUUCCG